AUGUCAUCGUCCGUUCACUUCAAAUUCAAGUCCCAGAAAGAACCAUCAAGGGUCACCUUCGAUGGCACUGGUAUCUCGGUCUUUGAGCUCAAAAGAGAGAUCAUCAGCCAAAGUAGAUUGGGCGACGGGAGUGACUUUGAGCUAUCGAUCUACAAUGAGGACACUAGAGAAGAAUAUGAUGAUGACACCACCAUUAUCCCUCGGUCAACAUCAGUAAUCGCCCGCAGAUUGCCCGCAGCACGCCCAGGUAAAGGCGGUGCUGCUCGCUAUGUCUCAGGCAAGAUGCCUGUCAACGCUCGCGGCGCCCCUCGCAAUGAACUAUCGAUGAGCCGAGCAACACCCGGUACGGGACAAACCGUCAGCAGCAACGUCCUCGAGCUCAACAAUGCUCAAACUGAAGAGGAGAAAAUCAAUGCCCUGUUCAAUCUGCAGGCUAGCCAAUGGCAGGAGCAACAGCAAGAAAUGGCAAACGCGACACCCGUCUUAUUCGGUCGUGGCAGGGGGAAACCUGCCAAUGUACCCGAUCACCCUCCGCCUCCGGGGUAUCUUUGCUAUCGAUGCCGAGAAAAAGGCCAUUGGAUUCAAGCAUGCCCGACGAAUAAUGAUCCCAAAUUUGAUGGUAAAUAUCGAGUCAAGCGAUCAACUGGCAUACCGCGUUCACUUCAAACCAAAGUUGAUAAACCGGAAUCCUUGGCCCCUGAUGGCUCUACUGAAGACCUGAGGAAUACAGGGGUCAUGGUGAAUGCCGACGGUGACUUUGUCAUUGCAAAGCCCGACAAGGCAGCCUGGGAGCUGUAUCAGGAAAAGGCUAAGGCAUCAGCGGCAGCAGCAGCCGAAGCAGCAGCAGCCGAAGAGAGCAAGGCAUUGCAAGCUCGAGGGCUGGAAUGCCCGAUUGACAAAAGGAUGUUCUUAGAGCCAACAAAGACACCAUGUUGCCAGAGGACAUACUGCAAUGAUUGUAUAUCGAACGCUUUGAUUGAAAGUGACUUUGUCUGCCCCGGGUGUGCCACAGAGGGAGUCUUACUCGAUAACCUCACUGCCGAUGACGAGGCAGCAUCCAAAAUCAAGAUAUAUGAAGCCGACAAGGCAGAUGCCAAGAAGGAGAAGGAAAAGCUUCCUGCCGCCCUGGAUGUUACACCUGUUCCUGAAGUCUCCGAAGCUGAGCCAAGAGACUCAUCCGUUCACAGAGAGCCCAGCCCACUCCAUCAAGCCCAAGAAAAUGGUUCCACACAAUCCAGGAAAAGAUCAGCCGAGGAUGAACCUGCUGGUCAGGAUGAAACUGCAAAACCCGAGUCACACAGCGUGGCGAAAAGACAGAAGGCCGAUGAUGGCCAGUCCGAUGAUGCCACCCCGGAUGACAGUGUCAAAGAUGGCGUGCUCGGUAUGGCCCAAUCAAACUUCAACGGCCAGGACAUGCCUUUCAAUGCAUUUGGGCCCAUGCCAGGGAUGCCAGGGAUGCCUUUCACAGCCCCCGGAUUCGGCAAUGAAGCCAUGGGCUUUAUGAACCCCAUGGCAAUGAACGGUCUUCCUGGUGUCAUGGGCCCUGGAUGGAAUGCCAUGAACAUGCCCUUCAAUCCUCUCCAGGCAGGCAUGUUUGACCAGAACAAUGGCGGCAUGCCUAAUGGGUUUCCCAACAUGUUCACUGGAGAUCCUUCGAUGAUGUUCCCAAUGCCGCAGAAUGGCUUUCAAGGACCAGGCGCUGGAAUGAAUAACUUCUCAAACCAGCAACGAACAACUUUCAGUCAACCAUACUCCCGGGAAGAAGAUUCGCCAUAUUUCCGUCAACCUGUGAAUCCGCAGCGUCACCAGGCUAGAAACCGACGCGUUCGACCUAGUGAUUACAGAGAGCUUUGA